AUGUUAAUUGAUAAUAGUAAUGGGGCUGGGUUAAAUCGAGAAAUCUUUAUAAGUCAAGCAACAUUUGAUUCCGAUGGUCAAGGUUUAGUUAUUCGUGAUAGUAGUUAUGUAUCAAUCAUUGGUAUAUGGGCUGCAUCAUCAACAAUUCAUCAAGUCUUUGUUGAUUAUAAUUCCACAGCACUUUUAUCAAUUAGUGAAGGAAUGAUAUUUAAUGGUGCAGUUUAUGAAUGUCCAAAUCUUUCAAAUUGGUGUAAUGGUAUAACAAUUAAUAGUGGAUCAUUUAUUCUAAAUGGUGUUGAAGUACGAAAUAAUCAUGGUCAAGGAAUAUGGGUAACAAAUAAAUCUGUAACACAAUUUCAAAUAAUUUCUUGUCGAUUAUUUGAAAAUGGACAAGAAAUGAAUAUCGAUGGUACUUUAUUUAUUAUAUCAAAUAAUCUUUGUAAUUCAAAUAAUUUAUCAAAUGUUAUUUCAAAUACAACAUCAGCUUUAGUACAGAAUAGUCUUAAUUGUUAA